AGGUAUCUCACUAAGGCAGUGACUUGUGUGGGAUAGUUCAUUAAGUAAACAAACACACCACCAUCGCAUACACACAAUCCCCGACAAGAUGGAAAGUCCUCAUGAGCAUCAGCAGAACUUGCUGCUUUCUCGCAUCAUCACCAACGUGGAAAAACUCAACGAGGCUGUUGUGGUCAUGAACAAAGCUUUACAGGAGAUCAACAUCCAGAACAUGAACGUCGAGCUCGUUGCUCAGAUGUUUAAGAACUACCAAUCCAACGUUUUGUUCCAUCUUGAGGGUAGCGACCGACAAUUUGAAGCCGCCUUCGUGAACCCCUUGAGGGCGAUCGCUGUAUGGCCGGCGAUCUGGACGAGGAAUGAGACAAGACUGAUGAGAGUGAUUCAGGUGCAGUUGCAACCAAGAAGUUGUAGCACAAAUACCCCCAACGAGAAGUUGCUACCCUCGCCAUAGAGGAUUUCAAUUCAUAGAUAGAAGCAAAUAAAUUCGAACCAACGUGAAUGUCCUCAAAAUACAGACGUAAUUGGUCAUCUUAA